AUGGCCGAACUUCUGCGCCAGUCGCGGCCCUGCCUGCUCUCCUCUAUACGCUCGCGAGCGCCACCCCCUAUCGUAUGCGGUAUUUACCGCAGUAUAAGCACAACUCCAUUGCGUUUAUAUGCUGCGAGGAGGGGACCUACUACCAGACCAAGAUCGAUGAAAUCGAUUAAGAGGAGCGAUGUUCAGCAGAUGGAGCCCAGUCUGACAAUGUUAAUACCCCAGACCCUCGUGGCCCCUCCUCUCUGGCGAUACCCACGCCAGCCUAAGAAGUUCUUCCACAUGCUAUGGCUGCACAUCAAGGCCCGCUACGGCUCGCUCUGGGCCGUAAUAUCCAUGAAAGUCAUGUCGCAGCCGACGAUCCUUAUCAGCAAGCCGCUGUUCAAAUUCCACCGAGCGGCCGCCAUCCCCACGGCCAAGGCCCUACACGUUCAGAUGUCCGAGGCCAUGGCCGUCGGUGACAAGGAGACCUUGCGCAGCAUCUGCAUGCCCGAGCUGUUCCAGACCCUAGCUGCUACAAUCGACGCCCGCCCGCGCGGCAUCCGCGCCGAGUGGCAGCUCGUGCGCUACAGCAGCACUUGGCUGUACCCCCGUGUCGCCGACUGGCGCGUCGGAUACCAGCCCAUCCCGAACGGUGACAUGAAAAUGCUGAAGCAGAUCGUGGUUAGUAUUUCCAGCGUCCAGCGCAUCGCGCGGUACGACGACACCAAGGGCGGUAUUAAAGUCGCUGGCAGCGAGCGCGUGCGCAAGAUCACGGAGCACCUUGUCCUGCAAGCCAAUCUGGAUAAGAAUACCUUCGAGGCUGAGCCUUGGAAGAUCUGGGGUACAUUACCUGAGAUGACGUACGAGGAGUAUAUAGCAGAUAUAGAGAACAUUGAUGCUAUUAUGGCGGAUGAGGCUGAGAAGUAG